GGUCCGAGCGGGCUGUGUGGAAGCUUCAGACUCCCGGCGCCAUUUACCGUGGAGAGUUUCCCGGGCAGACGCGGCCCUUUUCUCUCGCCUACGUCGUGCCCCCUUCUUCGGUGACAGAAGGCGCCUGGUGGGGUGACUGCUCUUUUGUCUCCCUAUCCCCCUCCAUCCAGUCCUCUCGGUCUCUACUCUCGCUUCAGAGAAGCAGCGGAGCUCGGGCCCCGCGGUGAGCGGCCCUCCCCUCCCCACCGUUCCUCCCUCAGCCCCGGCACCCGCCCGGGAGGAGACGGGGCUUUGCCAGGCCCGGGGCGGGUGGGGAGGCCUUGGGGAAGGGGGGGCCCGCUCCUCAGGCACCGAGGCUUCGCGGCUUCGGCCCUUCCCGUCUGGGCAAUGGGCGCCCUGUGAGCCUGGUCCCCUCGCUGGGGGCGCGUGUAGGAGGAGGCGAGCGCCUGAGAGACCCGGAUCCCCCGGCCGUGGCCCUCCCUCGCCUGCCCGGCCCCUCCCACUCGUCUGCCCCGGGGCUGCCACCGCCCGGCGUCGGCGCUCGUCGCUUCCUCGCGGCGCCGCCGCCCUCUGGGCCUAGCCCGCCCAGCGCGGCGAGCGGCGGCUGUGCGAGCUGAUCUGUCGCCGCAUCCGCCUCGACUCUGCGCCCGGCCCGGCCCGGCCCUGCCCCUCAUGACUGCGGCGCCUCUGCUGCCACCGCCUGUCCGGCCGCCGCUCGCCGCAGGAUGGAUGCGGACCGUGCGGCGCUAACCCCCGAGGCUCUGCUCCUGGAUCGCCCGCCGACGAGCCUGCCUCGUGAGCCGCAGCAGCCUCGGUGCCAGCAGCCGCCGCAACUGGGCCCCGUGUCCCGCCUCUCCUUCGGGGCGGCUCGUCAGUGCUGAGCGAGGCGUCGCCCCGCUCGGCCGGAACCCGCCGUGGGAGCGGUGCCCUGCGGACCUUCACCCUCGUUUCAUUCACAAAUCUGAGCCCGCUCGCCUCACUCCGGUGGACCAACCAUGUCUGGCGGCGCCGCAGAGAAGCAGAGCAGCACUGCUAGUUCCCUGUUCCUCUCGCCGCCGGCGCCCGCCCCCAAGAAUGGCUCCAGCUCCGAUUCCUCCGUUGGGGAGAAACUGGGGGCCGCGGCGAGCGACGCUGGCGCUGGCAGGACCGAGGAGUACCGGCGCCGCCGCCACACUAUGGACAAGGACAGUCGUGGGGCGGCCUCGACCACUACCACCACUGAGCACCGUUUCUUCCGCCGGAGCGUCAUCUGCGACUCCAAUGCCACUGCGUUGGAGCUUCCCGGCCUCCCUCUCUCCCUCCCCCAGCCCAGUGUUCCCGCGGUUGUUCCGCAGAGUGCUCCCCCAGAGCCCCACCGGGAGGAGACCGCCACCGCCACCGCCGCUUCCCAGGUGGCCCAGCUGCCUCCUUCCGCUGCUGCUCCUGGGGACCAAGCCGUCCCGGGCCCUGCCGCCUUGACUGCCCCCAGCAGUACCGGCAAAGACCGCCCAGUUUCCCAGCCUAGCCUUGCGGGGAGCAAAGAGGAGCCGCCGCCGGCGAGAAGUGGCAGCGGGGGUGGCGGCGCGAAGGAUCCUCAGGAGGAACGGAGUCAGCAACAGGAUGACAUCGAAGAGCUGGAGACCAAGGCCGUGGGAAUGUCCAACGAUGGCCGCUUUCUCAAGUUUGACAUUGAAAUCGGCAGAGGCUCCUUUAAGACUGUCUACAAAGGUCUGGACACCGAAACCACUGUGGAAGUCGCCUGGUGUGAACUGCAGGAUCGAAAGUUAACAAAGUCUGAGAGGCAGAGAUUUAAAGAAGAGGCUGAAAUGUUAAAGGGUCUUCAGCAUCCCAAUAUCGUUCGAUUCUAUGAUUCCUGGGAAUCCACAGUAAAAGGAAAGAAGUGCAUUGUUUUGGUGACUGAACUUAUGACAUCUGGAACCCUUAAAACGUACCUGAAAAGGUUUAAAGUAAUGAAGAUCAAAGUUCUAAGAAGCUGGUGCCGUCAGAUCCUUAAAGGACUUCAGUUUCUUCAUACUCGAACUCCACCUAUUAUUCACCGGGAUCUUAAAUGUGACAACAUUUUUAUCACUGGCCCUACCGGCUCAGUCAAGAUUGGAGAUCUUGGUCUGGCAACCCUGAAGCGGGCUUCUUUUGCCAAGAGCGUAAUAGGUACCCCAGAGUUCAUGGCCCCUGAGAUGUAUGAGGAGAAAUAUGAUGAAUCUGUUGACGUUUAUGCUUUUGGGAUGUGCAUGCUUGAGAUGGCUACAUCUGAAUAUCCAUACUCGGAGUGCCAAAAUGCUGCGCAGAUCUACCGUCGAGUGACCAGUGGGGUGAAGCCAGCCAGUUUUGACAAAGUCGCAAUUCCUGAAGUGAAGGAAAUUAUUGAAGGAUGCAUACGGCAAAACAAAGAUGAAAGAUAUUCCAUCAAAGACCUUUUGAACCAUGCCUUCUUCCAGGAGGAAACAGGGGUACGGGUAGAAUUAGCAGAAGAAGAUGAUGGAGAAAAGAUAGCCAUUAAAUUAUGGCUACGUAUUGAAGAUAUUAAGAAAUUAAAGGGAAAAUACAAAGACAAUGAAGCCAUUGAGUUUUCCUUUGACUUGGAGAGAGAUGUCCCAGAAGAUGUUGCUCAAGAAAUGGUAGAGUCUGGGUAUGUCUGUGAAGGUGAUCACAAGACCAUGGCUAAAGCUAUCAAAGACAGAGUAUCAUUAAUUAAGAGGAAACGAGAGCAGCGGCAGUUGGUACGAGAGGAGCAAGAGAAAAGAAAGCAGGAAGAGAGCAAUCUCAAACAGCAGGUAGAACAACAAUCCAGUGCAUCCCAGACAGGAGUCAAGCAUCUCCCUUCUGCUAGUACUGGUGUACCUACUGCUUCCACCACUUCAGCUUCAGUUUCUACACAAGUAGAACCUGAAGAACCUGAGGCAGAUCAACAUCAACAAUUGCAGUACCCGCAAGCUGUUCUAUCUGUGUUAUCUGAUGGGACGGUUGACAGUGGUCAGGGAUCUUCUGUCUUCACAGAAUCUCGAGUAAGCAGCCAACAGACAGUUUCAUAUGGUUCCCAACAUGAACAGGCACAUUCUACUGGAACAAUCCCAGGGCAUACAGCUUCUAUUGCUCAAGCACAAUCUCAGUCCCAUGGGGUAUAUCCAUCCUCGAGUGUGCCUCAGUCCAUGGCGCAUCCGUUUGGGGGGACCCCAACAUACCCAGAAUCACAGAUAUUUUUCCCAACUAUUCAUGAACGUCCAGUUUCUUUUUCACCACCUCCCACCUGUCUACCGAAAGUAGCCAUUUCCCAACGGCGUAAGAGCACCUCCUUCCUGGAAGCCCAAACUCACCACUUCCAACCCCUGCUGAGGACUGUUGGCCAAAAUCUUCUUCCACCUGGUGGCAGCCCAACAAACUGGACACCAGAGGCUGUAGUUAUGUUGGGUACUACAGCCAGUAGAGUAACUACAGAGCCAUGUGAGAUUCAGGUCCAUCCUAUGUUUGAAACAACUCAAGUUUACAAUGACUAUAGACCUGGACUAAUACUUCCAGAAGAAGGUCACUAUUUUAUUCCUCAGGAAGCAGUGUAUGUAGCUGGGGUACAUUACCAGGCCCGGGUGGCAGACCAGUAUGAGGGCAUUCCAUACAACUCACAAGUACCGUCAAGUCCUAUGAAACAGACACCUGAACCGAAGCCGGUACAAGGAGGCCCUGCCUCAAGUUCUGUCUUUGAAUUGCCAUCUGGACAGGCUUUUCUGGUAGGACACCUUCAGAAUUUAAGAUCAGAUUCUGGAUUGAGUCCAGGAUCUCCCCUCUCUAGUAUUUCUGCACCUAUCAGUAUAGAUGCUACAUGUUUGAAAUUUCACCCUGUCCUUGUUCCUCAUUCUGCACCCGCUGUGUUAACUCAUAGCAAUGAGAGCAGAAGCAGCUCUGUAUUUGAAUUUCAUGUUCAAACACCAAGCUCCUCUUCAGGAGAAGGAGGUGGAAUUUUACCUCAACGUGCUUACCGAAAUCGACAGGUUGCAGUGGACUUGAAUCUGGAAGAACUGCCGCCUCAAUCAGUUGGAUUACAUGGCCACCUGCAGCCUGUGACUGAAGAACAGCAUAAUUACCAUGCCCCAGAAUUGACCGUUUCUGUGGUAGAGCCUUUCGGACAGAACUGGCCAAUAGGAAGCCCAGAAUAUUCCAGUGAUUCCUCACAAAUCACUUCUUCAGACCCCAGUGAUUUUCAGUCACCUCCCCCUACAGGGGGAGCAGCUGCAUCUCUUGGCUCUGACGUCUCAUUACCUUUUAUCCGCCUGCCUCAGACAGUGUUACAAGAAUCCCCACUUUUCUUCUGUUUUCCCCAAGGAACCACAUCUCAGCAGGUCUUAACUGCCUCAUUUUCUUCAGGAGGAUCUGCACUCCAACCACAGGCACAGGGGCAGAGCCAGGGGCAGCCAUCCUCAAGUAGCUUAACAGGGGUUUCGUCUUCACAAUCCAUACAGCAUCCUCAGCAGCAGCAGGGAAUACAGCAGACAGCCCCUCCUCAACAGACAAUACAGUAUUCACUUCCACAGACAUCAACCUCCAGUGAGGCCACUACUGCACAGCCAGUGAGUCAGUCUCAAGCUCCACAGGUCUUGCCUCAAGUAUCAGUGGGAAAACAGCUUCCAGUUUCCCAGCCAGUGCCACCUAUCCAAGGCGAACCUCAGAUCCCAGUCGCGACACAGCCCUCAGUUGUUCCAGUCCACUCUGGUGCUCAUUUUCUCCCAAUGGGACAGCCACUCCCUACUUCUUUACUCCCUCAGUACUCUGUCUCUCAGAUUCCCAUAUCAGCUCCUCAUGUGUCUACGGCUCAGACAGGCUUCUCAUCCAUUCCCAUCACAAUGGCAGCUGGCAUUAAUCAGCCCCUGUUCACCUUGGCUUCAUCUGCUACAGCAGCUGCGAUCCCAGGGGCAUCAACUGUGGUUCCUAGUCAGCUUCCAACCCUUCUGCAGCCUGGGACUCAAAUGCCAAGUCAGGUUCACCCACAGCUUCUACAGCCAUCAGUUCAGUCCAUGGGAAUACCAGCUAACCUUGGACAAGCUGUUGAGGUUCCACUUCCCUCUGGAGAUGUUCUGUACCAGGGAUUCCCACCUCGACUGCCACCACAAUACCCAGGAGACUCAAAUAUUGCUCCCUCUUCCAACGAGGCUUCUGUUUGCAUCCAUUCUACAGUUCUAUCCCCUCCUAUGCCGACAGAAGCAUUGGCUGCACCUGCUUACUUUCCUGCAAUGGUGCAGCCCUAUGUGGAAUCAAAUCUUUUGGUUCCUGUGGGUGGAAUAGGAGGACAGGUUCAAGUGUCCCAACCAGCAGUGAGUUUAGCACAACAAGCCCCCACUACAUCCUCCCAGCAAGCAGUUCUGGAGAGUACUCAGCGAGUCUCUCAGGUUGCUUCUCCCGAGCCAAUUCCAGUAGCACAGCCACAACCUACGCAGCCUACCACUUUGGUUUCCUCUAUAGACAGUGCACAUUCAGAUGUUGCUUCAGGUAUGAGUGAUGGCAAUGAGAAUGUCCCAUCUUCCAGUGGAAGGCAUGAAGGAAGAACUACAAAACGUCAUUAUCGAAAAUCAGUAAGAAGUCGUUCUCGACAUGAAAAGACUUCACGCCCCAAAUUAAGAAUUUUAAAUGUUUCAAAUAAAGGAGACCGAGUAGUAGAAUGUCAGUUAGAGACUCAUAAUCGGAAAAUGGUAACAUUCAAAUUUGACCUAGAUGGUGACAACCCUGAGGAGAUAGCAACAAUUAUGGUGAACAAUGACUUUAUUCUAGCAAUAGAGAGAGAGUCAUUUGUGGAUCAAGUACGGGAAAUUAUUGAAAAAGCUGAUGAAAUGCUCAGUGAGGAUGUCAAUGUAGAACCAGAAGGUGACCAGGGAUUGGAGAGUCUACAGGGAAAGGAUGACUAUGGCUUUUCAGGUUCUCAAAAAUUGGAAGGAGAGUUCAAACAACCAAUUCCUGCAUCUUCCAUGCCACAGCAAAUAGGUAUUCCUACCAGUUCUUUAACUCAAGUUGUUCAUUCUGCUGGAAGACGGUUUAUAGUAAGUCCUGUGCCAGAAAGUCGAUUACGCGAAUCAAAACUUUUCACCAGUGAAAUACCAGAUACAGUUGCUGCCUCUACGUCUCAAGGCACCGGAAUGAACUUGUCUCACUCUGCUUCAUCCCUUAGUCUACAACAGGCCUUUUCUGAGCUUAGACAUACCCAGAUGACAGAAGGACCCAAUACAGCACCUCCAAAUUUUAGUCAUACAGGACCAGCAUUUCCAGUAGUACCUCCUUUCUUGAGUAGCACUGCUGGUGUCCCAACCAUAACAGCAGGUUCAUCUUCAGUAUCAGUCCCUACAACAAGCAGCCCUAUAAAUGAUAUUUCCACAUCAGUGGUUGAGUCUGAGAUUACAAUGCCCACUGAGAAAGGGAUUGCUGGAGUUGCCACCAGCACAGGUCUCCCUAUACCACCUGUGUCUGAAUCACCAGCACUUUCCACUGUGGUUUCAAGUAUUACAAUACCUGCAAUUGUCUCAGUAACUGCAACAUCCCAGUCAGUUCAAGUCCCUAUAUCUGGGAGUAUUAUUUCUAAUACAGGCACUUUUCCUUCUAUAACAGUUUCAACAACUUCAGCCUCUACAGUGGGCAGUGCUGCUUCCCCCUGUGCUAAGCCUCCAGCUGUACUAUCUCAGCAGGCAGCUGGCAGUACUACUGUGGUAUCCACAUUGACAUCAGUUUCUACCAUAACUUCGUUCCAUAGUACAGCUUCACAGCCAUCCCUUCAGCUUAGCAGCAGCACCUCUGCUCCUACUCUAGCUGAAACAGUGGUGGUUAGUGCACACUCACUAGAUAAGACAUCUCAUAGCAGUACAACUGGAUUGGCUUUGUCCCUCUCUGCACCAUCUUCCUGUUCCUCCCAAGGAACAGGAGUAUCUAGCUCUGUUUCUCAGCCUGGUGGGGUACAUCCUUUGGUCAUCCCAUCAGCCAUAGCUUCUACUCCUGUUCUUCCCCAAGCAGCAGGACAUACACCUUUAUUACCCCAAGUACCUAGUAUCCCACCCUUGGUCCAGCCUGUUGCCAAUGUGCCUGCUGUACAGCAGACACUAAUUCAUAGUCAGCCUCAACCAGCUUUGCUUCCCAACCAGCCCCAUACUCACUGUUCUGAAAUAGAUGCUGAUACACAACCCAAAGCUCCUGGAAUUGAUGACAUAAAGACUCUGGAGGAAAAGCUGCGGUCUCUGUUUAGUGAACACGGUUCAUCUGGAGCUCAGCAUGCCCCUGUCUCACUGGAGACAUCAUUAGUGGUAGAGACCACAGUCACACCAGGCAUCCCAACCACUGCUGUUGCACCAAGCAAACUCACGACUUCCACCACGAAUAUUUGCUUACCGCCAACAAACUUGCCAUUAGGAACAGUCGCUUUGUCAGGUAUACCAGUGGUCUCACCUGGGCAAGUAUCUACCCCAGCCACCACUGCAUCAGGAGUAAAACCUGGAACGGCUCCUUCAAAGCCUGCUUUAGUUAAGGCUCCGGUGUUGCCUGUGGGUACUGAACUUCCACCAGGUACUUUAUCCAGUGAGCAGCUGCCACCUUUUCCAGGACCUUCACUAACUCAGUCCCAGCAACCUCUAGAAGAUCUUGAUGCUCAAUUGAGAAGAACACUUAGUCCAGAGACUGUUACAGUAACAUCCACAGUUGGUCUGGUGUCCAUGGUGGCUCCAACAGCAGUUACAGAAGCAGGAGCACAGCCUGAGAAGGAUGUUUCUCAAGGCACAGAAGGUCCUGUCCUAGCAACUACUUCAGGAGCUGGUGUUUUUAAGAUGGGGCGAUUUCAGGUUUCAGUUGCAAUGGAUGAUGCCCAGAAAGAGGGUAAAAAUAAGCCAGAAGAUGCAAAGUCUGUUCAUUUUGAAUCCAGCACUUCAGAGUCCUCAGUGCUAUCAAGUAGUAGUCCAGAGAGUACCAUGGUGAAGCAAGAGCCUAAUGGGGUAACUGCUCAUGGUAUCUCUUCAGAUGUGCCAGAUAGUACCCCCAAAACUCUAGCCCCAGAGACAAAGUCAGAAACUGGGCAGCCUACCAAGGUUGGGCGUUUUCAGGUGACAACUACGGCAAACAAAGUGGGUCGUUUCUCUGUAUCAAAAACUGAGGACAAGAUUGCUGAGGCAAAAAAUGAGGGACCAGUGACAUCUCAUUAUAUGGAUUUGGAACAAGCUGUUCUUCCUGCUGUGAUACCAAAGAAAGAAAAGCCUGAACUGUCAGAACCUUCACAUCUAAAUGGGCCAUCUUCUGACCUGGAGGCUGCCUUUCUAAGCAGGGAUGUGGAUGAUGGUUCAGGUAGUAGUCCACACUCCCCGCAUCAGCUGAGCUCAAAGAGCCUUCCUAUCCAGAGUCUAAGUCAAAGUCUUAGUAAUUCAUUCAACUCCUCUUACAUGAGUAGUGACAACGAAUCAGACAUUGAAGAUGAAGACUUAAAGGUGGAGCUGCGAAGACUACGAGAAAAACAUCUUAAAGAGAUUCAGGACCUGCAGAGUCGCCAGAAGCAUGAAAUUGAAUCUUUAUAUACCAAGCUGGGCAAGGUUCCCCCUGCUGUCAUUAUUCCUCCAGCUGCUCCCCUUUCAGGGAGAAGAAGGCGACUCACGAAAAGCAAAGGCAGCAAAUCUAGUCGCAGCAGUUCCUUGGGGAAUAAAAGCCCCCAGCUUUCAGGUAACGUGUCUGGUCAGAGUGCAGCUUCAGUCUUGCACCCCCAGCAGACCCUCCACCCUCCUGGCAACAUCCCAGAGUCUGGGCAGAAUCAGCUAUUACAGCCCCUUAAGCCAUCUCCCUCUAGUGACAACCUCUAUUCAGCCUUCACCAGUGAUGGUGCCAUUUCAGUACCAAGCCUUUCUGCUCCAGGUCAAGGCUGUGCGAAGUUUAACUGUGCAUCUGAACAGGUGACAUUCAAACCUGGUGGCAGGAGGACCCGAUUUCUGAGUACGCCCUGCUUGGCUCUUUGGAAGAUGGUGAAAAAAGUCUGUCCUUGCAACCAGCUCUGUAGGACCAGCAGCACAAACACCGUCGGGGGGACAGUGAACAGCCAAGCCGCCCAGGCUCAGCCUCCUGCCAUGACAUCCAGCAGGAAGGGCACAUUCACAGAUGACCUGCACAAAUUGGUAGACAACUGGGCCCGAGAUGCCAUGAAUCUUUCAGGCAGGAGAGGAAGCAAAGGACAUAUGAAUUAUGAGGGCCCUGGAAUGGCAAGGAAGUUCUCUGCACCUGGGCAGCUGUGCAUCUCCAUGACCUCAAACCUGGGUGGCUCUGCCCCCAUCUCUGCAGCAUCAGCUACCUCUCUAGGUCACUUCACCAAGUCUCUGUGCCCCCCACAGCAGUACGGUUUUCCAGCUGCCCCAUUUGGCGCUCAGUGGAGUGGGACAGGUGGCCCAGCACCACAGCCACUUAGCCAGUUCCAACCUGUGGGAACUGCCUCCUUGCAGAAUUUCAACAUCAGCAAUUUGCAGAAAUCCAUCAGCAAUCCCCCAGGUUCCAACCUGCGGACCACUUAGUCAGACCUAAAGCCAUUAACUGAGUAGAUCUGGGGACAGGGGAUGGAAUGCUGAUGGAGGGAGGGGUGGGAAAGUAGCCUCUUACUAACUACUAGUGCUGCAUUUAACUGGUUAUUUCUUGCCAGAAGGGAAUGUUUUAAUACCGCUUUCAGCCCACAGAAUGAAGAGUAUCUUCCCCUCCAUUUAUUGGAGUGGGACAAGAACAGCUUUCUUGUGUGAAGGGGCAGCUUCAGACCAUGCUUUCCUGUUCUUCUAUACCCAACUGUGAGGGCUUGGGCGAGGAAAGAGAAUCUUGUUCAUUAGUAAGCUACUAGAGAGCUUAUGUAAAAUCAAACCCCAUCUGUAUUUUCAAGUGGGUGGAGCUCCUAAUUUUGCUACAUGCCCUGAAUCCCUUACUCUCCCUCAACAGUCCAAACCACAAGACACACACAAAAAAGCUAUUGGGCUAUCUCCUACCUUGCUCCUAUCCUUCUUCCCCCGCCCCCACCACCCCUUCUUUUUGUUUUUCUUUGCUUUUUAGAACCCAGUGGAAAAUACCAGGGGACUGGGGGUGUAACCCUUAUGAUAGGUCAUUAGUGCUUUAGGCAAAAGAUAUUAGCAGCUUUGACUGCAGCAUUAGCAAUUAGGGAAAAAAAUUAAGUUCCCUGCGGACAUGUAACUUUGCCAUCAGUUUUGAUGUGGAAACACUGUGAUAUUAUAUAAAUGUUGUUGGACAACAGUAGUUUUAAAAGUAAAAUAUGAAACGUUUAAAAAAGUUCCAAAAAAAGCUAGCUCUGUCCUUUACUUAUUGAGACACUUUAACUUUUUUCCUUUGUAUUUCCAUUGUAUUAGAUAAAUAAAUGUGAAUGUAAAAUUGUAUAAAUUACCGUACUUGAAUACUUCUGUUCUCCCAGUGUUGCUUGCUGGACAUUUUAGUGCCUUGGACUUCUAUUGCUUCUGCCAUUAGCAUCAACUUAUCAGACCCCAGAACAGCAAAGGGCAUGUGGAAGGAAAUUGUAGGUCCAUGUGACCCUAGCAGUGGAUAUGCCAAAGGGAAGUUGAAAGAGUAUUUUUUGUUUAAGUCAUUCAACAAUUUUGUCUAGAACAGGUAUAAGAUGAGUCAGGUGAGAAGUUAAGUUGGCAUCAGUGGAUGAAAGCAGAAGGUUCUUUCAGGAAUAGUUGAGGGAGGGGCAUUAUAACAAAAUUGGGCAAUUUAAAAGAUUGAGUGUGGUGUGUGCUCAGUGAAAGAAAAAGAAAGACUAAAGAAUGGGGGAACAAACUUGUUUAGAAGACACUUGAUGCCCAGCCAGUGACUGUCAUAAACCUUACUUAUUUGAGCUGGGCUUGAACAGACAAGAUCUAGAAGAAAUUAAACAUAAAGAGAAGGGGGUGGCGGUUAGUUUUUACAUUGGAAAACAUGAUAGUGAAAAGCCACAGAUGGAGAAAGUCGCUCUAAGAAGAACUAUUUGGAUUGCUUUCCCCUUGCACAUGUACUAUGCAUUUCUCAGCUUAGGGUACUAUAUUUUGUGGAAAAUGAAUCUUUCUACAUCUUAAUAAGCAUUGCCAAAAAGAAUGCUUAUUCCUACCCAUUUCCUCUAUGGUAUCCAAAUGGUUGCAGGAUUAUGCUCUAUUGGGCCACCUUUAUUUCUAAAGUUAUAACUAAUAUUCUCAUUUUCAUAUAAAUAUUUCCUUUAAAUAAUAACUGCAACCAACCAGUAUUAUUUAGUGCUAUGCCUAAUUGUAAUGGGCAGUUCUAUUGUUUUCAGAGCUUUCCAGAAAUACUGUCCUAAUUGGCUAUAUUUGGGAACUCUAUUAUCUCUGAAGAUGGAUAAAGAAGCUAGGACUCUGAAUUUGGGGUGCUUCUUCUCUUGACUCUUAGUUGAGAAGCUGACAUAUUCCCAACCUUUCACUCCCCACCCCCUCCAUUGGCACAUCCCAGGAAUCACAAGGGUAGGAAGAGCCGAGUCCUAUUCAUUCCUUAUGGGCCUAUUUUCUUUACUGUGUGGCCUAGGACCAAGACACAAAAGAGAGCUGAGGGUUUUAGGAAGGUAGAAUUGAAAAGGCCAGCGGUUUCAAGCCCUGCAUUAAAACUGUUACUUAUUCUCUGCUUGUAAUUCUUGGGGAGAGGGUAAGAGUAAGGAUAGCACAGAGAGAGUACCGAGUAAAUGAGAAGUAGACCACCUAAGACCAAUGGAACAAAAAACUUUUAUCCCAGAGGAAUGAGGGAGCCAAAUGCAGCACAUUCUUGUUUUGUUAUUUUGGUUUAAUAAUUUUGAGAUCUUUUCACUCAUACACAAAAAGUAAGAACUGAUUUUAUUUACUAUUGAUUUUUUUCCCCUCUUGUGGAUGAAAUAACUGAAGCCUAGAGGAAUGAACUAGUGCUACUGAACUGUUUAAAUUAUUUUUGUGUUAAUAGUACACUGAGUAUCUUUUUCCACAUUAAAAAAAAUCUUUCUGAAUUAUAAAUGUUUUCCUUACAUUAUUUAACAAUGUACACUGUUUAAAAAAACAAACUGAAUUCAAACGUUGGGGGUUUCUCAGCAGCCAUUAAUUGUACAUUUUGCACUAACUCUGGGUGUUGCGCUUCUUGUAAGAUUGCGCUUUGUGCUUCAGUUUGUUACCUUUGUAGACUUAUUUAAUGAAACCAUUCAAAUAAACCAAACUUGCUUUUGUUGA